CUCACAAUACUAUGUGAACAAAGGUAUCCCCAAAGAGAAGGUGCUGAUGGGAGUGCCCUUCUAUGGACAUACAUUCAAACUGCAGGACAAGAAUAAGCAUGGUAUCGGUGCUCCCAUUGCCGGCGAGGGAAAGACACCUCAUGGAGAGGGAGAUAAUGCGUGGUAUUCAGAGAUGUGUGAUUUGGUUAAGAAUAAGGGCUGGGCUAAGGAGGACCCUGACCAAGGGCACGAUCCAAUUUCCUAUCACGAUGUCACCUGGGUCGGUUAUGAUGAUCCAUACGCCGCUUAUGAUAAAAGUACAUGGGUUAAAGAAAACGGCUAUGGAGGUAUAAUCGUAUGGGAGAUCACCCAGGACGAUUUCAAACCCCAAUGCUGCUCUAAGAGCUACCCCAUGUUGAGGGCCAUUAACCACGGCUUGUACGGCACCGGUAGCGGACCCGAGACUUAUGGCUGCGAACAUAAAUAAAUGCAAACAUUUGAUUAAUAAACUCAUUAAAUAGGGUAACAUUAAUGUAAAGUUAAGAAAUAAUGUAAAAUUAAAUUUUUGCUAUAAUGCUGC